AUGAAGUUUUGUAAGUCUUUCAUUUGGCUUUCAUCCAUUCUCAUUGCACUCUUCUCCAUUCUCUACUCCCUCUCCUCUUUUGAUCAUGAUCUCUUGAGUUUCUUUAAUGGGGAACUCAUGAUUGUUUCAAGAGGCCAUCAUCAUCACCACCACCACCACCACCAUCAUCAUCACAAGAGAAAGAGAAAAGAAUAUUGUGAUGAAGCAAAGUGGAAGUCAAGAAGAAUGGGUUUGGGUUUUGAUAGUGAAACACUUGUUUUCAUUGUUGAUCUCAAGGGUUGUGCAAACUUCACUAGUGUUCAAAAAGCUGUUGAUGCUGUUCCUGACUUUAGCCCCAACAGAACUCUCAUUCUUGUUGAUGCUGGUGUUUACAGGGAAAAGGUGGUGGUGUCGGGAAACAAGACAAACAUAAUAAUACAAGGAGAAGGAUACCUAAACACAAGCAUUGCAUGGAAUGACACUGCCAACUCCACUGGAGGCACUGUUUAUAGUUACACCAUUGCUAUCUUUGCCUUCAACUUCAAUGCCUUCAACAUUAGUUUCCAUAACAUGGCGCCGCGGCCUUUUCCCGGUGAUGUCGGUGCACAAGCAGUGGCGCUAAGGGUGGCCGGAGAUCAAGCAGCUUUUUAUGGUUGUGGAGUUUAUGGUGCCCAAGAUACGCUGCUUGAUGAGAAAGGGAGGCAUUACUUCAGAGAGUGUUUCAUCCAAGGUUCUAUAGAUUUCAUCUUUGGCAAUGGGAGAUCUCUUUAUGAGGAUUGCAAUAUAAAUUCAAUAGCAAAGCCAGUGGGGAAUGGAGUAGGGGGAAUCACAGGAUCAAUAACAGCUCAUGGAAAAGGAUCACCAACUGAGAAAAGUGGCUUCUCCUUUGUCAAUUGCACCAUUAAUGGAACAGGGAGAGUUUGGCUUGGCAGAGCUUGGGGAAACUAUGCAACUGUAGUUUUCUCAAAAACAUUCAUGUCUGACAUUAUUGAUCCUCAAGGAUGGAACAAUUGGAAUGAUCCUUCUAAAGACCAAACAGUGUUGUUUGGACAGUAUGAUUGUGAAGGGCCAGGAGCUAAUGCAACAAUGAGAGUGGCAUAUUCAAAGGAGUUUGAUCAAUGUGAGGCAGCUCCAUUCAUGGAUAUCUCCUUCAUUGAUGCCAAUGAUUGGGUUCUCCCACCCAUUACCAAAGGUUGGAUUAAUCCAUGCAAGGGAGGUGGAAGUCAUAAGGAAGCACUCAUCCAAGAAUUGCAUUCUGAUACUAACCUAACGUUAAUGUCUCUUUGA